AUGAGGUUUUCGCGUUCAUAUUACUCUGCCACGUGUGUGCCUGAGAACAAAGUCUUUAAAACGUACGAUUCCAGUCUGUGUCACGGUUCGGGGUCAGGAAAAGCAUGCACUCAGUAUAAUGGUUUCCACCUGCCUAACAGCAUGGGAAACAGCAAAACCUGUCCAUCUCAACAGCGAAAAGUUCACUGCCUGGCUGCCAAUUACUCCGCUGUUCUAUCCGAUAUGUAUCAGAGCUCUGUCAAAGGCGUGAACUUUGCUGAUUCCAACGCAGCUGUGCAAGAGAUCAACACAGAUGUCAAAUCUGCAACGAAUUCUCGCAUUACGGAUUUGAUUCCAGAAGGGGUUUUAAAUGACGACACAAGAAUGGUGCUAGUAAAUGCUCUCUACUUCAAGGGAUUAUGGAGCAAAGAAUUCAAGAAAUCGAACACAAUAAAGGCCACGUUUUGGAUGUCGCCCAAACAGAGUGUAAAAGUCCCUAUGAUGAGAAGUUCUGGUUACUUCAAUCAUGGAUCUUGUGGUGACAUCGGAGCUUCUGUCUUGAGUAUGAGUUACAAGGGAGGGAAUUUAAGCAUGGUAAUUGUGCUUCCAUCUGAGCGCGACGGACUGGCCAAAGUGGAGGCGAAGUUGGCCAAAACAGGCUUCGUCAGCAGCCUCGAAAAGACCAUGAAGAAUAAACUGGUAGAUGUUGUCUUUCCUAGGUUUGAGAUCGAGGAGACGGUUCAUCUCAAAGAUCAUCUGUGGAUAAUGGGGGCGAGGAAUCUGUUCGACGGGAAGGCCAGCGACCUGUCGGGCAUCACGGGUGACCGGCGGCUCAGCGUCUCCUUGUUCUUCCACAAAGCGGUCCUGAAGGUGGACGAGGAAGGCGGAGGCGGGGAAGCAUCGACGUGCGUAGAAUCGUCUUUAUUGCGCGUCCACCAAACACUGAGUUUCAGAGCAGAUCAUCCAUUCAUAUUCUACAUUCGAGAUGACACUUCAGGCUUCAUGCUGUUUGCUGGCAGAGUCACCAACCCUUUGAGUUAA